AUGUCACUAAGUAAAAGUAUCUACGAAUUAACUGUUGUUGCAGGAUCAGUGGGAAAAGUUCUUGAAGGUUCUUCCAAAAUUAUCCAAAAUGAUGUUUUCCAAUGGUAUCAAAAUGGAUUUGUACCAAAGACUAUACGAGACUCAUGUGAUUCAUCCAAACCAAUGUAUGAUGAAAUGCAAACAAUUUCCAAUACCAUCAGAAAUAAAGCUCAAGCUUCAACUAGUAUAAACAAAGAAAAUCCAUUCCAAUCCUCAUCUCAAAAGAGAAAUUACUCCACAAAAUCAUACGCACCUGGUGAUAAUGUUAACUUACCAGCACCAACCACUCCCAAAACUCCAAUUAGAAAACCAAAUGUAAGAAAAGCUUUUGAAAUGUCUCAAAGUGAAGUUCCAAGUGGGAGAUUAUCUCGUAUUUUCCAUUACGGUUCAUUGGCUGCGGGAAUUGGAUUAAAUGCCGCAUCCGAAGGUUUAAAACAUUAUGCUUCUGGUAAAACAGAACCACUUUCUAUGAAAUCUUUGGUUUUAUCUCCACUGAAUAUUGAAAGAAUGGCAAAGAAGUUUUCCAAAAUGAGAGGUGCAGCUUUGAAAAUCGGACAGAUGCUUUCCCUUCAAGAUUCAAAUUUUUUACCAAAAGAAAUCCAACAUAUUUUAUUAAGAGUUCAAAAUUCUGCUCAUUAUAUGCCACCAGGACAAUUGGAAAGAGUCAUGGUUGGUGAUUUGGGAUUAAACUGGCGUGAAAGAUUAUUUACUUCUUUUGAUGAUGUACCAAUUGCUGCUGCUUCAAUUGGUCAAGUCCAUACUGCUGUUACUGAAGAUUUAACCCCAGUGGUUGUCAAAGUUCAAUAUCCAGGUGUUGCCAAUUCAAUUGAUUCUGAUUUAAGUAAUAUUUUAAUGUUGUUGACUGCUUCUUCUUUAUUACCACCUGGAUUGUUUUUGGAUAAAACUAUUGCUAAUGCUAGAGUUGAAUUGAAAUGGGAAUGUGAUUAUAUUAGAGAAGCUCAAAGUUUGAUUAGAAUGAGAGAAUUUUUGAAAGAUGAUGAAGUUUUUGAAGUCCCAAGAGUUUUCCAUCAACUUUGUGGUGAACAUGUUUUAACCAUGGAAAGAAUGAGAGGUGUUGAAAUUGUUAAAGGAGAUUGGGAUCAAGCCACCAAAGAUUGGAUUGCUACUAAUAUUAUGAGAUUAUGUUUAUUGGAAAUUAAGAAAUUCAAGUUUAUGCAAACUGAUCCAAAUUGGGCCAAUUUCUUAUACAAUGAAAAAACAAAGAAGAUUGAGUUGUUAGAUUUCGGUGCUGCUCGUGAUUUCAGUGAUCAUUUUAUUGAAAAUUAUGUUGAAGUUUUAAGAGCUGCCGUUAAGAAAGACCGUCAAAAAGUUGAACAGGUUUCUAGAGACUUGGGUUACUUGACUGGUUUAGAAUCUCCUCAAAUGGUAAAAGCACAUGUUGAUUCAGUUAUGUGUCUUGGUGAAGCAUUUUCCCCAGUUGAUAACAAUGGACAACCAUUCAAUUUCAAAAAACAAACCAUCACUGAUAGAGUCAGAGGUAAUGUUGGAUUGAUGUUGAAUGAAAGAUUAACACCACCACCAGAAGAAACUUAUUCCUUACACAGAAAGUUGAGUGGUGUUUUCUUAUUAUGUGCAAGAUUGAAUGCAACUGUUCCUUGUGAAGAUUUGUUUAGAGAAAUCAUUGGUUAUGAAGAUUAA